AAGAGCGUCUGCCAAAUGGCAUGAAUGUAAUGUAAUGUAAACCUGAACUGUUGUCUUUACCUGUGUUAUUUACUUGUGUAUUAGGAUGAUACCUUUUCUAGUUUUGUUUACCUGGGUAAACAGUUUAUUCAUAUUAUUAUUUCUUUCAGAGAUGCAGAAAUAUUUGAAAGGAACAUUUAAAAAUAUUUAUAAAAUGAUAGCGAAAAGAUGAUUCAUAAGCCAAAAUAAAUAGAUUUGCUUUGAGGGCCCUUAAGUAGUCAGUGACAUCAUCUGCAGUAGGCUGUGUGUUGCUGGGCGGUGCUAGUAAAGAGGUACAGGAAGAGGAGUUGGCCAACCUGUGUCGGUGACUUAGUUUCAUUUUCCAACUGACGCUGACGCUAGUUACUGCUGGGGACAUUUUCGACAGACUUCUCUCUCAUCUGAGGCCCAGCCAUGGAUAUUUUGGAUCCCAUCCUCACGAUCGCAGAGAAGGUGUAUGCUCUGUGCGGGGAGGUGAAGGCCAAUAAGAAGCGCUGGUCGAGGUUGGCCACACGCGUACAGGCUCUGAUGAAGGUCGUGCAGACAGUGAAGGCCAAAGGUCUGGGGGAGAAACCUGAGAUGGUCCAGCGGGGACUUCAAGAGCUCAAGUACACCCUGGAGACAGCGCAGGAAGUGGUGAAGAAGUACACCACCACCACCUUCUUCAGCCGCAUCAGGAAGGUUUAUGACCUGGCGGAGGAGUUCGAGAUGCUGAACGAUCGGCUCAACGACAACUUCCAGCUGCUCUCGCUGGCCCUGCAGAUCGAACAGGCGGAGAAGUUGGGCUGUGUGUUCGAAAAGGGCCGGUGCCAGAAGGAGGAUGAGGCUGAUCGCAAGAAUGACCGCGAGGAGCUGGAGAGGCUGCUACGGGCCCAGGCAAAGAAGAUGGAUAAUGUGCAAGAGGGGGUGGAUUCUGUUAAAACUGAAGUGCAGGACAUCAAGAGCAUGCUUAAGUCUUUGACGGAGCCCAAUCUCCAGCUGUUGGACACGAAAGAGAUCAAAAUUGAGAAUCUGGACUUUGAUGACCCUAAGACCCCUAUCAUGAAGUCAGCCACCCAUGAGUUGUACAAAGGACAAUACAACAAAUUUACUGUGGCCAUCAAAAGAUAUACCUACGCCAAAAACACAACCCCAAGAGAGGUGAGAAGGAUAUUUAAGAAGGAGGUGGAGACAAUGAAGCGCUUUGAGUCUCCAAACAUCCUGCGCAUGUUUGGGAUCUGUGUCGAGGGCGAGGAUGGGCCCAGUCCAAACUAUCUCAUUGUCAUGGAGUUCUGUGAGAAGGGGAAUCUGCCACAGGUGCUAGCCGGAAAGUCCAAACUCUCCUGGGGAAGACGAGCGCGUAUGAGCCUGGAUGCUGCUCAAGGCCUUUAUAGGUUACACCAGUCAGAGGAGAAGUUUAAAGUGCAUGGCUGCAUCAGCUCGAGCAAGUUCCUGGUGGAUGAUGGGUACAGGGUGAAGCUUGGGUGCUUUGAGCUGGCAAAAACAGAGACGUCUCUGAGGGGGAAGAAGAUGAGCUCCAACAACACUGUGUCCUACUGCUCCCCACAGCAGCUCGAGAGCAUCCACGACUCUUACAACAAGGCCUGUGAGAUUUACAGCUUUGGCAUUGUCUUGUGGGAAAUUGCCACUCGACAGAUUCCCUUCAAAGGCAUGUCAGACAAAGACAUCUAUGCGAAGGUCUGUAAAGAGAGGUUCACAGAGCCCCUCCCGGAGGACUGUCCCAAAAGCCUGGCCAAACUGAUCGACGCCUGCCGCUCCUACGAGGCGUUCCAGAGGCCGACAGCUGGAGUGCUGGUGGACAAGCUGAGGAAGGUGGUGGAGGAGCUGGACGAUGAGUGACCUUGCCCUGGACGGAAGCGAGCACAGAGGCAGGCUCUGGAGGUUCUGGAGCAGGACCCCACUACCCAAAGACACGCAUUCGGAGGAUGCACUCAUCUCGCUGGAGCUCACCCAACAUUUCAUCAUCCUCCAGUUGCUAUUCAAGUUGUGUUUCAAGUAGUUUUGUACUUGUUAACAUCUGGUAUGCAAAUCAAUUUUCAUUUCAUGUUUUUAACUCAAUGCCCAACAGUUUCUGUCAUGAUCGACUUAUUUAGGUAUAAUUUCAGCUGCUGCAGAGAGGACUGUUGGAAUUGAAAAUGAAAUAAAGAAAAACACAUUUUAAAGAA